GUAACACUCGAGUGAUAACCCCCGAAAAUAACCCAAGAUGAACCUCAGCACCACCAUGGGCGUGAUCGUGGGCGGGAUAAAGGUGGACACGCCCACCUACGUGCGGACGCCCUCGCCCCACGGCUUCUCCUCCAGCAGCGACGACUACGUGGAGAUAGACGCGAGUCUGGCCAGCUCGACCUCCAGCCCCGAGGACGACCUAGGCAACUUCUCGUGCCACUGGGACUACAAUUCGACGCUGACCUCGUCCGGUGACCUCUUCGGCUUCCUCAUGUACGGUGUCCUCCUCAACAUCAUCGGGCUCCUGGGCAUCGUCGGGAACAUCAUCUCCAUCACCGUGCUUCCAGGUGAGGCUCCUCCUCCGGCAGGGGCGGGGCGGGCGCGGGCGCGGGGCGGGCCCAAGAUGCGCUCCUCCAUCAACUGCUGCCUCAUCGGCCUCUCGGUCUUCGACAUGAUCGUGGCGCUGACGGCCAUCCUCAUGUGGGGAAUCCCCGAGAUCUGCCGCUACACCGUGGCCAUGAUGUGGUACUACCGGGAGGUGUCGCCGAAGAUCACGCCCUUCAUCUACCCGCUGGCGCUCAUCGCCCACACGGGCUCCGCCUACCUGACGGUGACGGUGACGCUGGAGCGCUACGUGGCCGUGUGCCAGCCGCUGAAGGUGCGCUCCAUCUGCACGUACGGGAGGGCCAAGAUCUACGUGCUGUCCGUCACCCUGUUCGCCGUGCUCUACAACCUGCCGCGCUGGUGGGAGAUCACCUACAAGGAGUGCGAUAUCGGCGAGGACGUGCGCCACUUCUACUACGUGGCGACGUGGCUGCGCAACAACGACAACUACAAGCAGAUCUACAUCAUGUGGAUGUUCCUGGUCGUCAUGUACCUCGUGCCCUUCUGCAGCCUGACUGUCUUCAACUCCUUCAUCUACAGGAGGGUCCGCGAGGCCAACCAGGAGCGGCAGCGGCUGAGUCGGCUGGAGAAGAAGGAGAUCGGGCUGGCGGUGAUGCUGCUGGUGGUGGUGACGGUGUUCUUCGUGUGCAACGUGCUCGCCUUCAUCAUCAACGUGCUCGAGCUCCUGGACAUCGUCGUGCCCGAGCUCACGACCACCAGCAACGUCCUGGUGUGCUUCAACUCGUCCGUCAACUUCAUCAUCUACUGCAUCUUCGGCCAGAAGUUCCGGCGGCUCUUCCUCAAGAUGUUCUGCGGCCGCAUCGUCAGGACGUCGGCGCGGAGGGACACGACCUUCCGCGAGUCGCGGACGCUCAGCAACGGCCGCUCGACGCAGAUCAUCCGCAUGUCGUCGUGGAACGGCUCGCACCGCAGCCGCUCCGACAGCCAGGCGGCCGUCAAGCUCGACGGCCGCCACGACUCGGCCUCCUCGUGGCGCCCCUUCUCCAAGUACUCCAGCGUGCCCCUCGGAGACUCCUCCACGCCCAGGACGGCCUCCUCAUCCUUCACGCCCUCCAGGAGCCCCUCGCUCGUGCCCCCGGCGGGCCCCGGCGAGAGCGAUCACGCCCUCUGAACGAGAGGGCGGACGACGACGGCGAAGGGCGCGCGGGCGAAGGCGCUGCAGAAGGCGUUCGUGAACUGUCGUUUCCUGAAAAGAUUCAUCAUAUACAUAAGCUGUGGAUGAGUCGCAGAUCAAGCUCUUU